ACGAGAACAUGAAACUACGAAACGUCGCAAUAGUUCACUAUCAAUGCAUCGACAUUAAUUAACUCAUUACCAAUUCGAUAUUAUCGCAGUGUGCAAGUGACAAUCCGUUAUAAAACACAGUUUACGUUGUAAUCUCGAUAGCAACCAGUGGGCGGAUUUGUAUCGAGGUUAUCUCAAUUUUAAAUCCAAUGGGAAAAUAGGUAUCUGUUGAGGAUAGUGAUUUAUUUGUGGGUGGAUAUCCUGCUGUGACUGCAAGAGACUUGAUAUUAAAUUCGAUGAAGAUAUAUUUGAAAACCCUAUAAUCAUUUAUUUACUAAACGAAAGAAAUAAAUCGAGCGCUUUUAUAAUUUUAGACAGUUAUUGAUCGAAAUUUAGUAGUCAAAUUUGAAGAUUUAUACCGUGACCAGCGUCGUUCGACUAUUAUGUUGUAAUACGUGCGCGUGAAGUGAUCCCGUGUCAAUGGUGGAAGUGUGUUUUGUGGACAAAUGGAGGGGGUGCAAAGGGGGGGCGCGGGGAACUUUAGAUACUGUUUCUAUUAUUGUGCAAGUUCCGGAUUCGAGAUAUACGAUUUGGAGAAUGAAGUGCCGGUGACUGUUACUGCUGGGAAUGGCGUGAACGUGGAAGGCUCCACUCACAGACAAGUUGUGGACCUCAUCAAGUCCGGCGGUGAUUGCCUCACGCUCACUGUCAUCUCGGUUACGCCCAGGGAAGCAGAGCGGUUAGAGCCAUGCGACGACUCCACGCCCAUCGGCGUCAUCGGCGGCGCGGCCAACUCCCGCGCAACCGUCUACCAGCGCUACGACUACACCGACAAGCGGUCCUUGCCCGUCUCCAUCCCAGACUACAGGGUCGUGAUGGAGAGGAACACGGGCCGGUCUUACAUAGCGUUCAACAUACACAUGGCGGGGCGACAUCUGUGCAGCCGGAGGUACAGGGAGUUCGCCGCGCUGCAUCAGCUGUUGAGGAAGGAGUUUAUUGGUUUCAAUUUCCCCAAACUGCCGGGCAAAUGGCCGUUCACGCUGAGCGAACAGCAGUUGGACGCAAGGAGAAGAGGACUCGAACAGUAUUUAGAGAAGGUAUGCGCAGUCCGCGUGAUAGCAGAGUCGGACGCGGUGCAAGAGUUCCUGACAGACUCCGACGACUCCUCGAACCCGACCCCAGUGGACCUGAAGGUGCUGCUGCCGGACAAGGAGGUGGUGACGGUGUCAGUGCUGAAGUCCACCAACGCCGACGACGUGUACCGCGCUGUCUGCGACAAGAUAGGACUGUCCAAGUCUGUGCAGAAAUACUUCUACCUGUUCGAGAUUGUCGAGUAUAAUUUCGAACGCAAACUGCAACCGAACGAGUGUCCGCAUUCUCUCUACAUACAGAACUACUCCACCGCGUCGAGCAGCUGUCUCUCCAUACGCAAGUGGCUGUUCAACCCGCGGACGGAAAUAUCCGUCAUCGAGGAGGACGCCACCGCGGCCGCUUUUAUAUUCUGGCAGGCGGUGGAGGACGUGAACCGCGGCGUGUGCGUGGCGGGCGCGCGCCUGUACCAGCUGAAGGCGCUGCAGGAGGUGCGGCGCGCGCGCGACUACCUGGCGGCGGCGCGCGCGCUGCCCGGCUACGGACACGUGGCGCUGCCGCCCGCGCGCGCCGACUGCCGCGCCGCGCCGCCGCUGCGCCUCACCGUGGGUCGGUACUCCUGCCCACUGCGCCGUGCGCGAGGUGCGGCAGGUGUGACUGUGUUGUGCGUGCGCAGGGUGGAGCGGCGUGACGCUGAGCGAGUGCGCGGGCGGCGCGGGCGGCGCGGAGGGCGGCGGCGAGGCGCGCGUGGUGCGCUGGGCGCGCGUGCGCUCGUGGGCGGCGGACGACGCGGCGGCGGCGCUGCGCCUGUCCUACGCGGCCGACAACGGACUCGUCGCGCUCGCGCUCUACACGCCAUACUACCAAUUCCUGUGCAACUGUAUGGAUAGAAUAGCGGAAGAGGCGAACUGGGCGGACACCGGCGAAUAAUCAAUGCCGCGUCUGCCGACAACUAGACAGUAAGCGAACACGCGGCAUCACGCCAUUUUACAACGCGACGGACAUUACACAUAAAAAAAAAACCUCAAAAACCGACCACAGAAACUUAAAACACCAAAUCGUAGAAUAAAAAACAUAAUUGAGAAAAGAAACUAAACUGACAAUUCGCAAUAAAAAGUAAACGAUUCCAUUUUUGAAACUGGCAGUUCAGUAAUGACUCGUAAGACUUAUAUCCGGAGCCAUAAGAUAAAAAAAGAAAUCAAAACAGCCAGUAUCGAAAAUUUAUUUAUUUUUCAUAUAAAAUGUCCGCGUCUGUAAACUGUUACUCUUAUCGUAAUUAUUAUAUGAUUUUUUUAUUAUUUAUAAUCAUUCUGCAUCUGAUAUAGUUUUUAAUUUAAUUUCAGAACGUUGUCGUAGUUUAAUGAGUUUUGUUCUGUUUUUUUUUUUUGAUAGUUUGUAUGUUGUUUCUUUGUCGAAUUUUGCGAAGAUGUUUUAAAUUAUGACAACGUUUUGUAAUAUUUUAAGAGUAAACUACGGAGAUGCGUGGGCGCUGAUUGCGAGUUUGAAAUUAUUGAGUGUCGCAAUUAGACCUUAAUAUGGACCAUUGAGGGAUAAAAUUAUUAUUGAAGCUUUUGUAUUUUAGCUUCUAAUUUUUUUAAAUAAAAAUCUUGGUAUUUUUGAAGGGAUAUUUCAUUUGUUUUUUAUUUGUUAAAUAUUUAAAUAUAAUAUAUUCUAAGUAGAAUCUUUUCUGGUUAAUUGUAAUAUAAUAUUAUGUUUAUUAUACUUUAUAAUUUUUUUUUUCAAUAAAUGAUUGAAAGAAUUGCAUCAGUUUCAAUAAAGUUUGGUCCCAAAUCAUCGUCAGUCAGCGUCGUUAUAUACUAUUAUCUAAGCAAUGUUUAAAAUAACGCAGUAGGGCUCUCUUAUCGAUAAAACCUUCCGUAUCGCGAUCUUUUGUGUACUUAUUGUAAACGUGCUGUUCCGAUUUAUCGAUAGAUUAAAGAUUUUGUGCGGUCGAAAUCGAUUAUUUUAAUUAAAAAUCGGUCAAAUCGAUAACAUUUAUAUUACACCUUUGUGAUUUGAAUGGACAUUUUAACAUUUAAAGCUUUUUUGGCUAUAACUAGGAAAUAGUAUGGUAAAUGAGCAGUGAAGCAAUUUUGGUGUUUUUUAUUUGUCGAGCAUUAUUAGAUGUUUUGAUUUCGACUGUACUUCCGCCAUCCAGACGUAAAACGUCAUAAACAAACCCGAUUAAUAAAUCUCGAUGUGACGUAAUAUUUCGUCAUCGCCUAAUCGAUGACGUAAUAUUACGUCAUCGCCUAAUCGAUGACGUAAUAUUACGUCACGUACUUUUGAGGCCAGAAUAGUUCAUAAUUGUUACUGAAUAAGCUCGUGUGAUUUUUCGGUCUCAAAAUAUGCUUACAAAUCUAGGGAAAAGAGGCUAGAAGAUGGGUUUAUGAUUUUUUUACUUUUUUACAACAUGAAAAAUGUUGACAAGCGUAUUAGAUACUAUUAAUACAUUAAUAAUAACAUUUUUUUAAUACAAUAUUCGCUAAACAGAAUAUUUUCCAAGUACUAAAUUAGAAUGUAGAAAUUUGGCAAAUCAGUAGAACUUGUUAGAGUAAUAUAAUAAUUCAAUCGUAACUUUUCAUAUUAAAUAACUAAUGUAGGUGGCAAUGUGUGUUUCUUUUUAUUACAUAUUUUUUACUUUGUGUCCCGGGAAAGGUAUUUGAAAAAAAAAACAAAUGUUGAAAUGCAAUAUGACAAUUUUAUUUAGUUAAUUUGAUUUUACCAAAAACAUUUUUUUUUUUCCUAGUAAAUAUGUUUUUUAACACUUGAUUUGGCAACUACAAUUAACAUGCCAAAUCAAGCUUAGUUUUUAAAUUAUAUUUAACUUUAAAAAUCUUAAAAUAUUUGUAAAUCGAAUUAUUAAAAAUAUGUUACACAUUGUCACAAUUGUAGACGCAAAUUUAAAUAUCUUAAUAAACUAAAAUUUAAUAUAAAUAUACAAUUAAAUAAAUAACUUGAGACAUAAGUAAGAAUUAUUAUCUUUCAUUAUUUCAUAAAUGUUUUGGCAACAAUAUUUAUUUCAUUUCUAAACAUUUUUAAUUCCAUAAAAAUAAUGAUGUUCGUCAGCCCUAAAUAAGAAAAUUAUCAUUUUUUUAAUUCAGUCUAGCUUACAGUUCCUGCAAUAUGCGACGGAAAUAAUCUAAUAGAUCCUUAUAUUGUCAGGGAUCGUACAAUAUAGCAAAACUAGCACUGGUAAAUACUCCUUAAGUGAUAGCAUAUUUCUAAUUUAUACUUACUGUACUAAACUUUUGAUUUUUAAUCGUAAAUUUUUUGUCACACGCGGUAUUUACUAAUGCUAGUAUCGCGGUAUUGCACUAUUUUGUAUAUCCGGUUCCAGCAGGCCGGCAUAAUUGUGUCGACUGUCGAGGUGUAAUCAUCUCUCGUCGACAUUCAAUUAGACCUCACUCCACUUCCAUCAGGUGCUGUGGGGUCAGAUUGCCGAUACAAAAAAAACUAUUCUCUACGAUUUUUAUUGGUGCAGUGUCAUUUUGUUCUCACAUAUUAACUCCUGGGUAUUUAAUUCGGCUGACUUGCAAAUAUUUUGUAUGGAAUUAAAACAACGUUACAACGAAGAGAUUCAAGUUAUCAACACAUUUUUCUUUGCAUUUUGCCGUGGGUUGGUAAUGUAUUGGUGAUAGGCCAAUGACUAGUUUCGGCCUCUAAACAGCCUCUAAUUGUAAGCUCUAUACAUAUCCAUCAUUAGAUAUCUAUAUUAUAUUGUACUUAUAUGAUAAAUAGUGUUAGAUUUGGGAUUGUAGUGUGUGGUGCAAUGUUCCGAUUUUGUGGUUAUUGUACGUGAAAUAUAAAAAAACAUUAUUACUAUAAAAUAUUUCGUAUUACAACCUACAUAAGGUUGUAAGUGGACAGUCGUAUGUAAUCUAUGUGACGUAUUUUUUUUUCGUAUUUCUUUAAUAUUGCUGCAUUAACAAAAUGUUUGGGUAAUGUUAUAACCAAUUCUUUAUGUACUCAUUUUAAUUAUAAAGGAAUGACACUUCUUAUCUAUGUUUGCGUAAUGUUAUAAUCAAUUCUUUAAUCAUUUUAAUUAUAAAAAAAUGACACUGCUUGUCUAAUGAUGGAAACAAUUCGCUGACUUAUAUUACAAGGUGCAAUGUUAUAUUUGAUAUGCAAAUUGAAUAAGUCUUUUUCAGUGAAUAUAAAUCACGAAAAAUAAAUAAAAAGAGAACCAUGAACUAUAGUUUUUAAAAAAAUUUAAUCUUUUUCAUAAUAAAAUUAACAUAGGACCUUGUAAUAGCCAACGAAUUGAAGUACUUUCUUCAGGUACAAUAACCACAAAUAAAUAUACGUACAAUCGAACAAGCCAUUUAAUAAGACAGUGGGGUGAUAAUGAACGCAGUAUUGUAAUGUAGAAUGGUAAGGAUAUGUUAUUCUGAAUCAGCGUGUAAAGACGAUUCAACGACAGUACAGAUCCGGCUUCAAACAUGCCGGCAUAAUUGUGACGACUGGCGAGGGGUAAUCGCCUCUUGUGAAUCUACAGGAUUCUACUUACACUCAGGCCUUGUGGGUCACUUUGCCGUAUAAUAUAAUAAUGGAUGAGAUUUUUUGCGUUAAAUAAUUAAAAAAUGCAUUUAAAUUUACUUAGUGGAUCGUAUUUCGUUGAAGCUUUUUUUGCUUAAGUUUGAAGCCAUGGUCUGUACUGAAAGCGUUGUAACUUAUUAUACGUGUGUUUAAUCACCUUUAUCUCAAAGAUGAGUUAUCCCAAAAAACCUCACUGUAGCCGUUUUAUUUUUACUUUUUUCCCCCCACGAUAAUAAAAAAAAGUGCGUAGAGCAAGCCUUUCGUACGAAAUUUCAAUUUUAAUGUUACGUCAUGAUUUUUGAAGGUACCAUGUCGCAGAAUUAUUAUGGUUUACGUGUUCUCUGUUUAUUUGUAUUUUUAUUAAAAUUUAAAUGAUGAAGGUGAUUAAAUGUACACCCUGUAUAAUCAUUCAUACGUUUUAUAUGAGGUAAUAAAAUAUAUUCCUUAUACACAGUAAUAUGAUCAAUUAUUGCAUUAAUCAUGUUUAAGUGUUUUAUUACAAAUAGCAAGUUUUUACCUCUAAAGUUUACUUAUAUGUCGGCAAUUCGUUUCAGAAUGUAAACACUUUUGUUAUUUUUAUGUAUUUAUACAUUUUAUUUUUAUCAUUUUCUGUCACCCAUCCUUAAGUAUGGCAAAUAUCGUGUAUUAUGACGUCAUAAAAAUGCACGUGUAAAUAAAAGAACGCUUUUCAAAUCGUUUCAAAAUAAAAAUAAAAUUAUGUUAUGAUUUUUACUUUUCUAGCAAAAGUGAAUUAUUAAUUUUUCACAAAAUAAGAUUCAAAAUGUUUCGGGCAAGAGUGAUAGCGUCUAAAAUCCAGUAUUAAUAAUUCGGUGCCAUAAAACGUGGUUAAUUUAUUUCUACACAUAAGGUGGGGUGUAAAAAUGAAAACAAUAUUCAAUUUUUAUUCUCCAUUAGGCUGGAGAGGCGGACUCUUUAGCCUCACAAAUUAAGUUUCAAACUCGAUAUUGUCAAAUGGCCGGUAAAUACAUAACAUUUUUUCAUAAUGAUCAAUUCGAUAACAGUGAAGAAUUGUUGAAAACAAUUUUAUAAAAGAUAAUGCUAGGAAAGCGAUAUAUUAAAUAUAUUAUCCCCAAGUCAUUUGACGGGACAGCAGGCACUGAAUCAACAUGAAGAUGCGAUAGUUCUUAUGUUUACGCGAAUAUAUAAUAUAAAAAUGCGCGACGAAAUGUUAAGAGCAGUAAUCAUAUUAAAUUAGUAUGAAUACAAUGUCUAUUUAAUAUUUUUGCAAUAAAUGUGUUAAGUUUCGCUUAUUGUGGUAUGCUGCUUGGAAAACAGGUUUUUGCAUGAAAUAUACAAAACAUGGCUCUUUAGAUCUGUAGAUGUUCGCCUUUGUAAGAACUCUACUCUCAUUGAUCGGAAGCAAUAGAUAUCUACAACGAAAAGUAUUCUUACCACGAUCAAACUAUAACUAUAUAGUUAGUAAAAUGCAUGUUUUUAAUACCAUCUUUAUUGCCAGCAAAGCAGUAUGUGCGUAACUUUUUUUUCUGCUAUUAAAGUAAUGAAAUGAUAAGGCUUAUGUGUAGUAUGUCACGUUAUAUUUUGAAUUAUAAUCUGGCACGUUGCAGCUGUUUUCGAUAUUUUAAACGAAAUGUUCGCUUUAUAACUUCGCUUGUUUAUAAGACUUUAUGUUAUAACAUAGUUUUGUGUAUCAAAUAUUUAUAAAGGUUGUCUUGCGAAAAUAAUGUUCAUUCCUCGUCAAGACGUAUAUUUUCGACAGUGUUAAAAUGAAUGUAGUUGUUUACUCUAUAAUUAUGAAUUAUGUAUGAUAAUUUUUGUAUGUACAAAAAAUGUGACGAGUAUAUACGUCUUAAAAAAAUGUGUUUUUUAAAUAUUAAAUGCUCCAAAAGUAUCAUUAUUUUUGCAAGACAGCGUAGUUGUCUCAUAUUUAUCGUUAGAUAUUAAUUUGUCUUGCUUCACAUGACAUGUACUUAUUUAUAACUAAGCCUUUAUUGUUAAAUUAAUUUCCAGUUCACGGAAUACAUAAUUAUAUACAUACAUCAAUUCGUAUCGAAACAGGGUUGGUCCCUUAAUAAAUAGUGAAUUUUUAUAUCAACAUACGGUGCAAUAAUUGCAAGAAAAAAACAGGUAGCUCAUAGUAAAAUAUUAUAUGAAUACAAGUUUAUAUAUUUUAUUUUCUAGUAAUAUUCUAUCGUUGUUAAGAUUACUUAAAUGUUAUUGUUUUUUUUUUUUGAAGGGUGCCAUUGCACGGUUUUUUGCGACAGACAUUUUGGCCAGGUUUGUUAUACUUUGCUUACUUAAGCUUAGUUGAAAAUGUAUGUUGGCACGCGAAUGUAUUUUGUACGCGGAGUAUUAAAGAAUGUAGUAUCUGUGUAGGUCACGGCGUGUUUGCGAUUUCAUUAAAAUGUAAUUUAUACUCGAAAUUGUAAUUAUAACAUUCCAGUCUAUUGUAGGGUAGUUGUCACUUUCAAUUUUGUAUGGCGGCGUUGGCUUCUGAACACAUAAACUAAAUUAUAUAUAUAUUGCAAUAUUUUUUUUAUAAAUGGAUAUCUUGUUUACAUAACUGUGACGAAUUAUUACGUCACGUUACCCUUUUUUUGUUAAAUAAUAUAAAAAUGGUUCCCCAUUUUUUUUGUUAUUAAUGCUUCCCAUAAAAUACUAUAUUGGGAGGUUAUAAGCCUAGAUAAAAGUUUUGUAUGUUGAGGUCAACCAAUUUUAAUCUAUGAGCAUUAUAUUUGCAAAAAAAUUUAGACAUUAUAAAUCCCAGUACCAUUAUGUAAUUCUAUGACAUAUAAUUUUUUUUAAAGUUCAAAUAAAAAAAGUGCUACUUUUUUUUUCUUUUUUUGCGCCGCCAUAUAAUGUCUACAUCUCUAUUGAAUAAAUGAUUAAUGAAUGGUCACAGUUGUUUGUGUGAUAUAAACACUAUGUAUAGAUUUUGCUUGAGUAAAUAAAUUGUAAUCAUGUA